CACACAAAGACCAAAGAACUGCCAUGCAAAUGAUGAUAUGCAUCGCCUAUGCAUCAAUCGUUGGGUGCCCUUUUCAUGACGUCGACCCAUAAUACUAUUCGCGACUCGGAGCAAUUUUACAGCUUGGCGACGAUGCCAAUGACACAUACAGCUAUCGAAAGACAUAUAGAUAUGUGCAGCCUCACAGCUCUCGUCGGCGAACCCUUCCCUUGCGUUGCUGCACCUUAUCCUUGUGCUCAUCCAAGCGCAGGCACCCAGCAGGAGUGAGAAACACUGACAAGACCAAGAACGUCCUCUACAAUUCCAUACUCCCGGGGGCCCUCGCAUUCAGUCUAUGGCCUGCGCCACCAGUCGUGCUGGGAGAAUACUAUGCCUGGUGACAACAACGACGGCGGCAAGGAAUCCAGCAUGACGCUCAAUGUCGCCGAAGACCCCUACAAGUGGGAAGGCAAGCCCAACGGUUGGCGAGGCUGGCGCAUGUGCAGCCCCGGACGUGGCAUGUACCACGACGUCCGCCGGCGGCUACCAUACUACUGGAGCGACAUCAAAGAUGGCUUCGUUUACCGGAUCUUGCCCGCCACCGUGCGGAUGUACUUCAUCAAUCUCUUGCCUGCUCUAGCAUUCCAGCUGGACAUGCACCACAACACUGAUGGCUUCUACGGCAUCAACGAAGCGCUACUAUCCUCUGCAUUGGCGGCUGUAGUAUUCAGUCUCCUCUCCGUCCAGCCGAUCACCGUCGUCGGCGUCACCGGUCUGAUCUCGUUGUUCAACUACACCAUCUUCGACAUUAUUCAGAUGCACGAUGUCAGCAUCUAUCCUCAAUUCAUGGUCUGGGUCGGGAUCUGGAGCGCCGUCUUCCACUGGCUCACCGCGCUCUUCAAUUGGUGCGACUACAUGCGCACCGUGACCGACUUCUCGUCCGAGACAUUCGCCUUGUACGUCGGCACAAUCUAUCUGAUCAAAGGCGUCGAAGAGCUCACCAUCAACUUCUACGAUGGCGCGUUUCUGAACGGCUUCGCCUCGGUCGUCAUCGCUAUCCUAUUCACGCUGACCAUCUACGGCCUCGAAGGCAUCGGAUCAACGACGUAUUUCAACGGGCUCGUUCGCACGUUAUUGUCGGACUACGCUUUCCCCAUCGCGACGAUCUUCUGGACAGGCUUUGCCCAUUUCCCGGGAAAUCUCGCCGCCGUGCACUUCAAUGAACUGCCCAUCACGAGAGCCUUCUACCCGACUGUGGAUCGGCCUUGGGUCGUCGAGUUCUGGACCAUUUCGGUGAAAUGGGUCUUCGUCGCCGCCCCCUUUGGCUUCCUCAUGACUCUCCUGUUCUACUACGACCACAACGUCUCCUCCCUGACGGCACAGGCUCGGGCAUUUCCGCUCAAAAAGCCCGCCGGCUUCCACUGGGACUUCUUCCUGCUGGGCUGGACCUGUCUGGUCGCGGGGCUUCUCGACAUCCCGCUACCAAACGGCCUCGUCCCACAGGCGCCCGUCCAUACCGACGCGCUGACCAACUACGUGGACGAGGUCAAAGAGAUCAAGGAAGAGUCCGGCGCCGUGCUCGUCCGCAAACAGACCCGCGCCGAGUCCGUCGCGGAACAGCGCAUCAGCCACUUCCUCAUGGCCCUGGGCAUCAUCGGUACCAUGACCGGCCCGCUCCUGACCGUCCUGCACCUCAUGCCGCGCGCGAUAUUCAGCGGCGUCUUCUUCAUCGUCGGGUGGGGCUCGAUCGAAAGCAACGGCAUCGUCAAGAAGAUCUUGUUCCUCCUUCGCGAAAAGCGCUUCCAACAGCCCGACGACCCGCUGCUCAAAGUCCGCAAGCGCGCCAUCUACCACUUCAUCGGCUGGCAACUGCUCGGGUGGGCGUGUACCGUGGCCAUCAGCCAGACCAUCGCGGCCAUCGGCUUCCCCGUGUUGAUUGUGGCCUUGAUCCCGUUGCGGUGGAAAGUCAUGCCGCGUCUGUUCUCGCGCGAUGAGUUGGAGAUCAUGGACAACAUGACGGCCACGAAUGAGGUCGUGCUGGUCAGUCUCGGCGGCAGGCCCGAGCUGCCCGAGGUGAUUAUGGAAAAGGAGAAGGAAGCCAGGGAUGAAGAGGUUGCCAUGACGUCGACCUCCGAAGAGGGUCUGCCUCCUCACCAGCCUCCUCCAGGCGCGGAAGAAGCCGAGUUGCGAAGACGGCCUACGCCAACAGAGCGCAGGGCUAGUCAGCAGGAGAUGCGCCGCGCGCAGAGGGAGAGAUCGAAUUCGAGGUUCGAGAUUGAACAGGAUCGCUCGUAUGGCGUUCGGAGAGUCCGAAGCGGGAGCGUGCCACGGUAGACCAUGUUGCUGGAGAAAAUGAGGGAUAGAACAGAUAUUGCCCCUAUUCGAUACUACUACAUCUAGUACUUAGUAUACGAACCCCUCAGGCUAGGCUGGUGGUCUGGCGUGAGAGCGAAGCGAGACAUGUGGAACGUGAAUCGAGCCGUCAUUGCGGCAUAUAGAUUGCAGUGAUUUCAACACAGAAGCGAAAACUUCCAAUGCGUAUCUUGCUGCCUAUACAGAAUAAUCAGUGGCAGCGUUCCCAGCGACCUGCCCUAGAGAUAAUCUGCCG